CCUAAACAAACGUGAUCCGAGCUUUAUAAGUAUGGCCUAAGCUGCCAUUCAAACUAUUCUCAGCGCUCCUCCCAAGAUUUAGUAGCAGGUCUACGAAGGCGUCGAUUGCCGAACUGAAGCACUUCACUCCCCACAAUACGCCGCCUCAUCCAUCUCAAUGAAGUUUAGAUUCGCCUUGCUACUUCCUGCAGUAGCCUCUGCCACACUCUUCUCACAAGUCCCGUUCCAGGACACUCCGGAGGUGGAAGCCUUCCAAAUCUACCAGAGCCAAUACUCUGAAUAUCACUCAAUCCGCAUCAAAGAACAGCAAAAUGACACGCUCUGUGAUGCACGCUCCAAGCAAUACACGGGCUGGCUAGACGUGGGAUCAAAGCAUCUCUUCUUCUGGUACUUCGAAUCGCAAAGCUCGCCCUCCGAAGAUCCCCUGGUUCUAUGGCUUACCGGCGGACCUGGAGGCUCCUCCAUGAUCGGGAUGCUACAAGAGCUGGGGCCGUGUCUGAUUAACGAGCACGGGAAUGGCACGGUGUACAACAAGUACGGCUGGAGCAAGGACACGAAUCUCCUGUUCAUAGAUUCCCCGGCUGGUGUCGGCUUCAGCUACCUAGAUGAGGGGAUACCGCUACCAGCAACAAGUUUCACGGCUGCAGAGGAUCUGCAUCGCUUCCUACAGCUGUUUGUGAGCGAUGUGUUUCCUGAGCUAGCAGACAGAGACUUCCACGUGACUGGAGAGAGCUACGGCGGCCACUAUGUUCCAGCGCUGGGCGCCCAAAUUAUCUCGCAAAAUCUUCUGUAUCCGAAGCGACCGCAAGUCAACCUAAAAUCCAUCUUCGUGGGAAAUGGUUACGUCUCCCCCCUGGACACCACAUUUGGAUACUGGGAGACUCUCUGCACCACGAAUCCAGGCGUCCAGGAGCCCGUCUUCAACCAAACGCGCUGUGACAUCAUGGCCUCCAACAUGCCUCGCUGCAUGGAGCUCUCUAGGGUAUGCUACAACCACCCGGACCCGGCAAUCUGCGAGGCGGGCUUUAUGGUGUGCUGGAAGGGCAUCAUCGAGCACUAUGAUGGCGAGUCAGGAGCGGGCGGACGGAAUCGCUUCGAUAUCACGCAUCCGUGCUAUACUAAGGACGACCUGUGCUACCGCGAGAGCCAGUGGGUUCAGGAUUAUCUGAAUCUGCCAUGGGUCUGGGAAGCACUCCAUGUCCCUAAAGCUGUCAACAACUACAGUAUCUACAACGGCGAUGUCGGUAUGGCGUUUGGGCUCACGAACGAUCCGCUUAUCACCAUGCAACCACAGGUCAUGUAUCUUCUCGAGAGCGGAAUUGAUGUCCUGUUCUACCAGGGCAACUUGGACCUUGCAUGCAACACAGCGGGUAAUCUCCGCUGGGCUAAUUCUAUGGAGUGGAAAGGCCAGCCCGCUUUUGUUGCGCAGCCGAAGAGCGCGUGGACGGAUGACGGCGAGGAGAUAGGAUGGUUUAAGGAGGUGAAGAUCAAGACAGCAAGUGGAAGGGAGACAACCUUUGCAUUGAGCACUGUUGAUGGCGCAGGCCACAUGGUGCCAUACGACAAGCCGAAGCAAGCAUUGGCACUAGUGAAGAGGUGGUUGAGCAAAAGAAGUUUCGCUUAAUUUGCUGUGCAUGUACGAGGGCAAUAAGAAAGGCAAUCUUUUGGGAAAAUGUAGAGUAGGAGAGCAGCUCCAGCGAGCGCAGCGUUCUAGCUUUGUAUUACAUCCUGCUCCUUAACUAAACUUAUGUCUAUGUUCUGGUCAGCGC